CCCCUGAGACAGCAACGGCGUCCCACACACCCCCGCUCGAACGAACCGACCACCCCGUCUCCAUGGAUCAGCCGGCUGCUCACUCCCGCCGCCGUCCCGCCGCCCCCGCCGCCUCCUCCUCGCCGGCUAACCCCUCUCCUCGUCCUCCUCCGCCACCGCACCACCACCUCCCCGUACCCCUCCCCAACGCUCAAGCCCCUCCGCCGCCGCCAUCGCUACCGCUGCCGUCAGCUCUGCUGCCCCCGAAGAAGCGCCUCGACCUGCGCCCGCCCCGCAACGCCGCCACCCCGAUACCUCCGCCCUCGCCUCCGCCACCGCAAUCUUGCACCCCCGCGACCACCGUUCCCUCCCCGGAGACCCUGCCGCCCCCCGCCCCGAGCCCGCCGCCUCCGGUUGCUGACUCGGGGCUUUUGCCGCCGCCGCCGCCGCCUGUGCCCGAGGAGGACGCGGCGCCGUCUGCGCGGAUGAUUCCCGCUGCCUACCCUAAUCAACCCUCCACGCCGCCGGCUGCUCCCGAUGCGGCUACGAAGCCGGCGCCGCCCACGCGGAAGGUACGGAAGGUUGUACGGAAGGUCAUCGUGAAAAAAAUUCUCCCCAAGGGCACAUUAGCAGCUCGCAAGGCCGCGGCGGCGGCUGCAGCAGCGGCUGCUUCUGAUGGAGCAGAGAAUUUGAUGGGAGAAAUUACAACUGCCAAGCCAGCAAAUGAUCACAACGUUGCCACUGACGACUCAGCGGCCAAGGAGCAGAGCAGAAUCGUAGCUCGCAGGCCUGUCAAGAAUUGCAAUGCCUUCACAGCGUCCUCUGCUUUGGGUGGGGAGACUCCAAACAACAAGCCUAAAAAUGAUCAACAUGCCACCACAGACAAUUCAGUGGACAAGGAGCAGGGUGCAGAUGAAAGGGUAGUGGAGAAGUUAGCCACCGAUUCUAGUGCUGCUGCUGUUGUUGUGCAGGUUGCUGCUGGAUCAUCCAAGUCCGGGCGAGAAACCCUAACUGGCAAACUAACAGAGGAUGAUGAUCAAGGCAUUCCAGCAGCCAAGGAGCAGAAUGGGAAUGAAACCACAGUUGAGAAGCUGGCCACCAAUUGCAAUGCCGUUGCGAUGAGGGAAGCAUCGUGCAAGGAGAUGGUGGUGGAAACUUUGACUGAACACACCUUAGAUAGGAAGACGACAAUUGAAUGUAAUGCUCGAGCAGAGGAGGGGGUGGGGAUGUCGGAGAGGCAGAGAAUGAGUAUGAAGGAGGUGUUUGUUGGUGGGCUUGACAGGGGCGCCAAGGAGGAGGAUGUGAGAGCAGUGUUCGGUAAGGCGGGAGAGAUCACGCAGGUGCGGAUGAUAAUGGACGGCCGUACACGGAGGAAUAAGGGCUACUGCUUUGUGCAGUACCGUGAGGCUGCGCAAGCAAAGAAUGCCAUUGCAAACUUUGACAAAGUGAAGAUCUGUGGGAAGUUUUGUCGAACUGCAGCUCCUGUUGGGAAUGAUAGCAUUUCUCUUGGAAAUAUUAACAAGAAAUGGAAGAAAGAUGUUAAAUCAGUUUUUGUGGAAGGGAUACCAUCUUCCUGGGGUCAAACCAAACUGACUGAGAUCUUCAAGAGUUAUGGGAAAAUUGAGGACAUCUUCCUAUCACACGAUACACAAUCAUCUCAAAAGAGGGGUUGUGCGUGCAUUAAAUAUAUGACUCAUGAGGCUGCAAUCUUUUGUCUUGAAUCUUUUGACAAGGAAGAGUUAACUGAAAAUGGCUCAAAGGUGAAUAUUAAAGUCUCACUGUCUAAACCUGCCCAAAGGAGCAAGCACAACAAAGAAGAACAUACAUUUCGUUUCAGUGAGAGUGUCAAAACACCAGGUAAAACACCUAUUCAAGAUCAUCGCGCCACAUAUUCUGGAGAGAAGCGGCCCUGUUCAACACUGGACGGUUAUUCUUCUGAUCGCAAGAGAAGCCACUCUCGUCCUCGUCGUGGUAGUAGUACCUCUACUACAUCAACUCUGAGUGACAAUGUGCUGUCCCCUGCCAUCGCUAGAUCUCCUCUACCAUCUUGUCAUGGCACCAAUAGAUUUUCGGAAGGCGUAGGUUCUUAUCAUGGAGUAACAAGAUCAUCAAUCAGUAGUCAGAUAAGGCAAGUAGGGGCUCAGCAGAUAUUGCACCCCUAUGGAAGGUGGACAUCCCCAAAAAUCUAAGGGUGGUGCAUAUAUAUCAAAUUGGUCAAGCAUGCUCAAAUCUUGAUACCGUAUCUUCUACCGGCUCAUGACCUCCAAACAGAUUGACUUUACAUCUAAAGAUGAUACAUUUUCAACUUGGGUCCCAUCCUUUUGUGGAUUCACUAUGUGGUGCUGGUGCAUUUCAGAGCCCCGUCGUGAACCGCUGAAGGUGUCUGAAAAUUUUCAAGUUUAUAGACAUGACAAUAUGUGUGUUGUAUGUUUGGCGAUGCCAUUUGGGUGAAACUUCCAUGGGCUCGUUUGUAACACAUGAAUUUUGCGCGUAAGGGUAUAAUUCAUGUGUUCCAAGUGGAGCCUUGGACUUCUUUCUCUAGCACAAAGUGCUAUGCUCUUUCUGAGGUGAUAUGUAAUGGUUGAACAAAGCGUCUUGUAUACAAAUGAAAAUUAUUGACCUGAUAGCCAGAACGGCGGGCCUGGAAGUAUCUGCUGUCGUGCUUUAUUAUUUUCCUUUCGAGAGAGAUAUAUUCUAUAAAAUACCAUGAUCUAGUUU